AUGGAGGCUGCUUCACUCCACAGGCCAGAUCCCGACCUGUAUUCUAAAGAGGAUCCUGUGACAAAGCAAUUGGCUCCCAGGGACAAAAUUCUGCUGAUGUGGAAGAGACCUUAUGAGGUUGGUGCUGGGCUCUGGAAUGUGGGAAACACCUGCUACAUGAAUGCUGCCCUGCAGUGUCUGACAUACACACCACCCCUUGCCAACUAUAUGCUGUCCCAGGAGCAUUCUCUAACCUGUCGUCGUCAGAAAUUCUGCAUGCUGUGCACUAUGCAAGACCAUGUUACAAGGGUGCUGCAGCAUCCUGGAAAUGUUGUCAAGCCCUCGCAUGCACUGGCUUCUGGCUUCCAUAGAUACAACCAGGAAGAUGCCCAUGAAUUUCUGAUGUUCACUGUGGAUGCCAUGAAGAAAGCUUAUCUGUCUGGGCACAAGCCCUUAGAUGGUCACUCUGAGGACACAACCCUAAUCCAUCAAAUAUUUGGAGGGUACUGGAGGUCUCAAAUCAAGUGUCUCCACUGCCAUGGCAUUUCAGACACCAUUGACCCUUAUCUGGAUGUUGCUCUGGAUAUCAAGGCAGCUCAGAGUGUGAACCAAGCUCUGGAUCAGUUGGUGAAGACUGAACACCUGGAUGGAGAGAAUGCCUAUGACUGCAGUAGUUGUCUAAAGAAGGUACCCGCCUCCAAGUCCUUGAAUUUGCACACUGCCUCCAAGGUUCUAAUCCUUGUAUUGAAAAGGUUCUCAGAUAUCACAGGCAACAAAAUUGCCAAAGAAGUGCAAUAUCCCGAGUGUCUUGACAUGCAACCAUACAUGUCUCAGCAGAAGAGAGGACCACUUAUUUACCUCCUCUAUGCUGUGCUGGUGCAUGCUGGGAGGAGCUGUCAAAGUGGACAUUACUUCUGCUAUGUCAAAGCUGGGAAUGGCCAGUGGUACAAAAUGGAUGACGAUAAAGUAACUGCCUGUGACAUAUCUUCUGUUCUGAGUCAGCAUGCCUAUGUCCUCUUUUACAUCCAGAAGAGUGAAUUGGAAAGGGAUGGUGGGCAUGCGUCAAUAGAGGAGAAACCAAGAGCCCUUGGGGCUGAAUUCACAGAUAUUGGAGCAACCCAAGGGGGACUCAACAGGGACUCCUGCAUUGGAGUUCCUGAGUUGGAGGCACACUUUGGGAAAACAACAACUAGAGAACUGUCCUUACAUCAGUGGAAAUGCCUCCAGGAGCAAAACCGAUCAGAGCCUGAAUUCAACUUCAGAAAAAUAGAAUCUACCCUGCCUUCCAGUGGAGUCAUGUCUCAUCAAUUGAAGUACAGGGGUGAGCUGAAAGAGAAUCACACUGAGCAGGACAACUACCUGCUGCACAAGCCAGCCAGGAACAUGACAGAUCAGAUGUCCCUGAGCACUGAGACACCCCUAGAGAACAAGACAAAACUUACCCAGAAAGCUGGUGCUCACCUGCAGCCUCCACGGCUCAGAGCUCUCCUGAACCCUGUCCAGGCCUGCACCGAGGCCCGUCUCCCAUCACCCAGCCCUGCUCCAGGCCAGCCCCUGAGGAUGGCCUUCAGGAGACUGGACAACGGACAGUGGAGCUCCAGGCUCCUGCUGGCUCCCUCUUCCCUGCCCGCUGAGAAGCCAGGCCCUCCUGCUCAGAGCCCUCAAGUCCCAGAGUCUGAGGGUCACUGUGCCUGGGUCCCACUGAGCAUCCUGUAUGAGGACCUUCGGGUUUCCUCCUCUGGGGACAGUGACUGGGAGUUAGACACCAGGUGGAGGAAGACUCAUCCUCCAGCCUCAUCGCCUAGGACAGGCCUGUUGUGCUGA